GGCCAUAGUGUUUUGUAGCCUUUUAGGUCAAACUUUGCUAUUGACCCCUUGUCAUGAUAAUUGAUAUUAAUUGGCGUCCUCCCCCUACGUACCCACACAAAACAGAGAAAGGAAAAACUCAGUUCAAUUACCUGAUCUUCUCACUUGUUUCUAUCUACCUCGAUGUGGAAUUCCUUCCUCCUACCUCCUUUUACACCUCUCUACCUUGUCUUGUCCUUCUUGCUGCACCACCUUAUCUGCAUGGUCUCCGUUAAAUCGUCGUCACCUUACACACCCAUCGACCAAAUUCUCCUCAAUUGUGGCUCCUCUGGCAACUCAACGGCCUUGGAUAAUCGAACCUGGAUUGGAGAUGCGAAUUUAAAAUUCCUCCCUCUUGAACAACCGCUGAAUAACCACCCAUCUCUGACCCGUAUUGCAGCUAGACAAUCCUCCACUGCCGACCUAGUGCCCUUUGCCACAGCUCGCAUCUCUCUCUCCACGUUCACCUACGAUUUCCCCGUCACCGCCGGCCAAAAGUUCAUUCGACUAUACUUUUACCCAGCUUCGUACUCCGACUUCGAUCGCUCUAAAGCCCUCUUCUCCGUCAAAGCUGGUCCUUUUACUCUUCUUAGCAACUUCAACGCUUCACUCACGGCAGAUGCUGAUGGGGAUCCGGGCGAUACCAUAUUCAGAGAAUACUGCGUCAACAUCAAGGAAGAUCAGAGGUUGAACAUAACCUUCACUCCAUCUCUGACCGUUUCUGAUUCCUAUGCUUUUAUCAACGGAAUCGAAAUCCUAUCGAUGCCUCCAAAUCUCUAUUACACUCCGGAGGACGAUCAAGGAUUUUCUUUUAUCGGCCAGAUCAACACGUACAGCAUAAAGAACAGCACUGCUCUCGAGACAGUAUACAGAUUCAAUGUUGGAGGGCGCUCCAUCUCACCCACUGAAGACACCGGAAUGUUCCGGGCUUGGAGCCAGGACGACAAGUACUUGAAAGAAUAUAAGACACUUUUUCUACCUCUCAACAACACCAUCAAUCUAAGCUUUACCACAGUACCUCCGUACGCUGCACCGGAAUACGUCUAUCGGACUGCCCGAACUCUGGGGAACAACUCUGAUAUCAACCUGAGCUACAAUCUAACCUGGGAAUUCCCCGUUGAUUCUGGGUUUUAUUAUUUCAUAAGGCUACACUUUUGCGAGAUUCAGCCAGAGAUUUUCCAGGCCUCUGACAGAAAGUUCCAUAUUUUCAUAGCAAAUCAAACGGCUGAGGAAGGUGCCGACGUGAUUCUCUGGAGUGGUGGAAAUGGUGUGCCCGUAUAUAAAGACUACGCGGUUUCGAUGUUCACUAAAGAAAGAGACAAGAAGGUGAACCUCUACAUUGCUAUAGGAGCAGAACCGCAGAGGUGGAAGACUUCUUACCAAGAUGCAAUCAUGAACGGCAUCGAAAUCUUCAAAGUAAGCGACACUUCCAACGGCAAUCUCGCCGGACGCAACCCCGACCCAAUUCUGGUGACCCCUCCGACGAUUGAGCCACCAAGACAAUCGACGAACUCGAAGAAUAGUAGAAGAACGACCAUUUUCGUUGCUGCUGGUGGAUUAACUGGAUUAAUUAUGGCGUCGGUUUUCGGAUUCUUGAUUUUCCAGACUGGCAAGAAGGACAAGAAUUCGGGCUCCGCCGAUAUAGGAAAGUCCAAACGGUCAAAGGCCUCGUCGCUGCCGGAAGAACUAUGCCGCCACUUCUCACUACAAGAAAUCAAAACAGCAACACACACUUUCCACGAAGAGUUAAUUAUCGGCGAGGGAGGUUUUGGCAAUGUAUAUAAGGGUCUCGUUGACGAGGGUACCAAGACUCUGGCGAUCAAGCGCUUGAACCCGGAGUCAAAGCAAGGUCGUCACGAGUUCUUGACAGAGAUCGAAAUGCUCUCUCAGCUUCGCCAUGUCCACCUCGUUUCUCUCAUCGGAUACUGCAACGAUGACGGCGAGAUGAUCCUCGUCUACGACUACAUAACCAACGGCACGCUCCGCCAGCAUCUCUAUGACACCGAUAAUGCCCCCCUCGAUUGGAAACUGAGGCUGGAGAUUUGCAUCGGAGCGGCGUGUGGUCUGAACUACCUGCACACGGGCAUGAAGAAGCCAAUCUUCCACCGUGACGUGAAGACGACCAAUAUUCUGUUGGACUCGAAAUGGGUGGCCAAGGUUUCAGAUUUUGGAUUGUCCAAAGAGGGUCUAGAAAACACCGCAGUCAAUACCAUAGUAAAGGGUACGUGGGGGUAUUUGGACCCGGAAUACGCAAGACGGCAACAACUGACUGAGAAAUCCGAUGUGUACUCCUUCGGCGUGGUUCUCUUGGAACUUUUAUGCGCCCGAAAAGCACUAAAUAUCAAACUGCAGGAUGAGCAAUGGAAUUUGGCCAAUUGGGCCCGAAAAUGCAUUGAGAAUGGGAGCAUGGGCGAAAUCAUAGAUCCCUAUCUGAAGGGGAAGAUAGCUCCCGUGUGUUUCAAGGUGUACUUGGAGGUGGCGGAGAGUUGCGUGCGCGAACAGGGGAUCCAACGGCCUACCAUGAAAGACGUGAUGGAAAGGCUUGUCUUCGCAUUGCAACUACAAACGGAAGCAGAUGACACGAUGGAGAAAACCAAUCCCGACGGCGAGCAUACCUAUACGGAGGUGUUAUCAUUCCAUGUAGCCGGAGACACUCGGUUCAAUAACGAUCUUAGUGGACACGUGUUGGAAUCGGACAGUGGGACCGAGUUAACUUGGACUCAUGAUACUCGGUUGAGCUACCCAAGUCUAGGUUCUGAUAGUGUUAAUUAAGCUGAUGUGCCCUUCUAUGCUUUACCAACGUG